UGAAUGUUACCUGCCAAAAGCGUCUGGGUGUAGCGUAGCCUAAUCAGUACAGUGCACAUGGGAGGGGCAGUUAUCACGAGAGUCUCGUCUUGUCAGCAAGUAAAACUAGUGAUAUAUUGUUUUUUUUAGCUCUGUCACUGUACGUGUUUGUUCUGUAGCCCUUCUGGUGUAUGCCUUUCUUCACUUUAUCUGAGACAAUAUUUCUGGGUUAAAGGGAUUUGGGCAUCAAAGGAAACACGUGCUACUUGAGGAACGAGAUUAAUAAGUAAUUCCAUGGAGGCACACAGAGGAACAUCCACCUGUUCUGCUCUCCAUGCCCUCCCCCUUUCCCCCUCUUCCUUUCAAGAAAACAUGACUUGUGAAUUACACCAACAAAGCUCUAUAUUGACUGGUAUUCAUUACAACGGCUGGUAGACCUCUCACUAAAAUAUAUGGAACAACAUGACCUCUCUGUUGACUACGGGUUAGUGUUUUAUAAUAAGAAAACUGCUGUGGAUUAUGAAAGAUCAACUUGGAGGUCUUAAGCAAAAUAGUCUGUACUUGUGAGGGGUAAGUACCACAGGAAUCUGGAUCCGGACCCCACACCAGCAUCGUAUAUGCAGGCCAGCAUGGCACCCAAGAACGCUGUCACAGAGUCCAUUCCAGUGCUGGACCUGGCAGUCAUGCAAGAGAAGGAUCCAAAUGGUGGGCAAAACAUGGAGAAGGAAGUGGAGAUGUCAGAGGACUCGGCCAGUGAGGAUUCUGUAAACCACAUCCCCAAGCGGUUAUGGGUCAUGCACGGUGCCGUCAUGUUUGGGAGGGAGUUCUGCUACGCCAUGGAAACAGCGCUGGUCACUCCUGUGCUGUUGCAGCUAGGUCUCCCAGAGCAGUAUUACAGCUUAACCUGGUUCCUCAGUCCUAUUUUGGGUUUAAUUUUCACCCCUCUGAUUGGCUCAGCAAGUGACCGCUGCACUUUGAAAUGGGGUCGGAGGAGACCCUUCAUUUUGGUGCUGUGUGUAGGAUUGUUAAUAGGACUGGCCUUAUUUCUCAAUGGAUCUCUUAUAGGUCUGUCUCUGGGUGACGUCCCUGGUAAUCAACUGCUUGGGAUCGUGCUGACUAUUGUUGGUGUGGUGGUUCUGGACUUCUGUGCUGAUGCUUUGGACGGACCAAUCAGAGCCUACCUCCUGGAUGUGGCUGAUACUGAGGAACAGGAUGUGGCUUUAAAUAUACAUGCUUUCUCAGCAGGGCUGGGAGGUGCUGUAGGUUACGUGCUUGGAGGGCUGGACUGGACCAAUACCUUUCUGGGUCGAGCUUUUAAGGCCCAAGAGCAGGUCCUCUUUUUCUUUGCUGCUAUCAUCUUUAUCAUUUCUGCGACGCUUCAUCUUUUCAGCAUCAAGGAGCAUCUAUAUAACCCCAACCAGCCAGGGGUAUUGAAGGAUGAGGAUGAAGAAAGGCCACCUUCUGUCCAGCUCUAUGGAAGCUUUCCAUCCACUCGCCUCUUGCCUCAACUAGAACUUAUCCCUGAGGAGGAGCCAUUUUCAGCCCACGAGGAUGAUCGGUCUGAUCGGGAUGUUUCAACUGAUUUUCUAAACAUCGAAUUGGUGCGAUGUAAAAGUGACUCAGUUUUAGCCAUGCCAGAUUCUACCAUAGAGCUUGACCCAGACUUGGAUCGCGAUGGGCAGUUUCUUUGGGACAUCGAACUAAAUUUAUUCCAGGACUUUCAGGGUUUGCAAGUUGAUGGAACAACAGUGGAUUGUCACAACACCAGUCAGCUAGGUCAGUGCACUGACAACCACUUACAGAAGUGUGAUAGCAAUGGGGAACACAUCUGUGGAGCUGCCAAUACUGUAAACGGCAAUCCAAUUAAUGGAGCAGCGAAUGCCAAUAAUCAACCAGGCAAAGUUGGUUUACGACCAUCCGGCGGCCCAGUACGCCGCCGCCACCCUUCCUUCUACCGCCAGCCCUCUUUCACUUUCUCUUAUCACGGACGUGUGGGCUUUCAAUGGCGACGCCGAUACGGCAACAUGGCCAGGCCAAUCAAAUCUUCACAAAGCCUGAAUGACAUCGACAAAAUACCUAGACGUCAUGAGAGGCGGAAGUUGCAACCAAGUAAUAUCUCUGCAUCCCGCAGGAUUGAGGAAGACGAAGAAAGCGAGGAUGGAGAUGGUGGUACGACGGUCAAACUACUCUGGUUGUCCAUGCUGAAGAUGCCGCCCCAGCUCUGGCGUCUGUGUGUAUGUCACCUGCUCACCUGGUUCUCCAUGAUCGCACAGGCUGUGUUCUACACAGACUUCAUGGGCCAGGUUAUCUUUGAAGGAGACCCGACUGCUGCUGCUAACUCCACCGCCCUGCAGAACUACAGUAAAGGUGUGCAGAUGGGCUGCUGGGGUCUUGUGAUCUACGCUGCUACAGCUGCCCUCUGCUCAGAUGUGCUCCAAAGGAUCUUAAACAACUAUGAUCUAAGCAUAAAAAUCACCUACAUGUUGGGGACUCUAGCCUUUGCUGUGGGAACAGCUGUCAUGUCCAUCUUUCCAAAUGUAUAUGUUGCUAUGGUGAUGAUAAGCACCAUGGGAAUCAUCUCCAUGAGCAUGUCAUACUGCCCUUAUGCUCUUCUGGGACAGUACCAUGAAAUCAAAGAGUACAUUCAUCACAGCCCUGGCAACUCACGGCGAGGCUUUGGCAUCGACUGCGCCAUCCUGACAUGUCAGGUUUACAUCUCUCAGAUCUUGGUGGCGUCGGCGCUCGGUGCGGUUGUAGAUGCGGUUGGCACAGUGAGAGUGAUCCCUAUGGUGGCAUCGGGAGGAUCCUUUCUUGCUUUCUUUGCUGCGGCUAUCCUCGUCAUCUACCCUGAUACACUUGACGAUGAUGAAGACGAGGAUGACGAAGAGCCAGGCCCAAGUUCUGUUAAAUCGGAGGCAGCGUCCAAUAACAGUACAGAGAAACACAGUGUUUUAAAGUCAAUGCCAAGGAACAGUUCCAGCAAGCCAGAGGUUGAAUCCUCAGUUUGAGUGUUAAAACGUAAAAUACUAGAGUUUUUGAAGUUCCAAUCCCAGAAUGCACAAGCAAGUUAAGACAAAAGACUAAGAGGGGCAUGCUCUACCAUUCAUAUACUCUCACACAUGCUGAUGUUAUUCUGUGGAUUUGGUACAGAGACUAUUUGAGUCAAAUAUGUGAUUUCUGAGAUUAUUUCUCAAGCUAUUUAUUAUUUGUGCCCAAACAUUUCCAUUGUCUACAAAAAAAUUACCAGGUUUACGUCACUACAGUGAACGCAUUGUUUCACAUGCUAAUACAUUUUUCCCACACAUUUAAUCACUCCACUUUGCAAGUCAACAUUUACAUACCAGAUGUGAGUUUACUUUUUCAGACUGACGUUUUACUCUGUUAAAAUAUGUCUGAUUAUCAUUGUAUGUCCUUCAUUUCAUGAGAAACACUCAGGGGUAAAGCUGCUGUUUUCAAGCGCAAAAUGCUCACUUCUGUAAAGACUUUAACUAUGCACCAAAAUAUUUUUUUGUAAUGUUUCUAGACUUUAAAUAAGACAUUGGUUUUCAGAGUUGCCUUUAGUUCAGAAAUGUGAUUUUCUUAGGUACACUAUUUGAUGGUAUGAAUAGAAUGGAUAACCAUGGCAUUAAGUAAAGAAAUGGCUUUGCUUUUUGCAGCAGUGAUUGGUGCGAAAUGAAGAAGUGUGUUUAGCUGUCAUGGCAAGUUUUACUGUCUGUCAGCCUCCGUCUUAAGUGAUGACACUCUAAUAGUGGCAGUAUUUUUCACAGCCAAAUUCAUAAUGUUGUUCCAGUACUGUUGCGUAGUUUAUAUACACAAGUUUUUGAGACUGCUUUUCAAUCAAGAUGACAGGCCAAAUUUUUCUUCACUAACAAGUCACAGAUCUCCACUCUGCCUAAGUGGACCAACUAAGUUAUGGCCUCUUAUGUUCAUAAAUGUAGUUCAAAUGCAUCGCUGGAAAUGUGAUGUCUGCAAUUGAUGUACGGAGGUCAGUGGCCUGGCUUUGUAUCCUAUUUUAUCAGGCAAAAAAUCUGUUUGUUUCAUAAUCAAGGUGGACACUUUUUUUAUUUGUGGUACUGCUGACUUUUGUUUUACUGUUUGAACCAAUUUGAAAGUUUAUACUGUUUCUAGGUGUUUAUUUUGGAUUUGUGUUCAGUUUUGAUAAAGAGAAAGCUUUACACUUUU